AUGCUUUGGAUAGAUAAGCACUGUCCUAGGAAUUUAAGUGACUUUUCAUCCCACAAGGAUGUCAACGAACUUUUGUUGAAGCUGGUUAGCAAAUCGCACGGGGAGCUGCCGCAUUUUCUAUUCUACGGCCCUUCCGGGUCCGGGAAAAAGUCCAGAAUGCUUGCCACGCUACGGGACGUGUUCGGAACCAGGGUCGACAAGAUUAAAACGGACGUUUUGACCUACAAGGACUCCAAUGAGGUGAUUGUUUGCCAGAGUGAGGCGCACAUUCAAAUUCCUUGUCCUGAGUUGGGCACCAGGGAUAGGUAUAUAGUUCAGGACGUUAUUCGCAACUUGUCUUCUGCCCCUUCGGCCUCAAAUUACUUUUCGAAGGGUCCUUCCUACAGGGUGUUUCUUCUGGAGGACGCGGAUACUCUUACUCAGGAGGCUCAGGCCGCUCUUCGUCGGACCAUGGAAACCUGCGUUAAAAACGCACGGAUGUUUCUACACGUUCGCCAACUAUCCAGGAUAAUGCCUCCCUUGAGAAGCCGUUGUUUGUGUGUGAGGGUGAGGAGUCACACCAAUGCAGAGAUUGUCGAUAUUUUGCGUGGGAUUUGCAAUGCUGAGGACAUCACUCCCUCCCAGGCCAGCGACUCGAUGCUUAUGAAUAUUGCUGAAUCUAGCAACAGGAACCUCAGGCGGUCCAUUCUCACCCUGGAGGCGGUCGCCAUGGGUGGAUUCACGCUGGAGACUAAGAACUUCAUGAUGCCCUGGGAGAAGAACAUCAACCAAAUCGUUCAGUCGGUGCUUUCGAACCAGACUCCGUCGACGCUCUCGGCAGUAAGGUCGCAGAUAUACGAUCUCCUGGUCUGUUGCAUUCCCGGAGACAUCAUUUUAGAGACUAUGGUCAAUCUGUUGCUCCGACGCAUAAAGCCUUCUCUAGUUCCCCUCGUCGUUCACUUGGCUGCUCACUUCUCUCACACCAUGAAGAUGGGCUCAAAGGACAUUUGGCAUAUUGAGGCCUUUUUGGCCCAAACCAUGAGCCUUCUAGCAAAAAACAAGAGCUCUAAGAGCUAG